AUGUCUCCUCUGGGAACCUACGGGUCUUACAACUCUUUGGAGAAAGACCAAGGAGUGGGCGUGACCGGAUCUGCACCGACCGAGACUCUUCUCGCGUCGAUAUUCGAGGCAUGCAGCCAAGUUACUGCAGCCGAAGCCAGCAUGAUGCCUUAA